GGACCCCUGGACCCUUCCCCCCCCUUCCCCUCUUUCGCACCCUUUCAUUCUCCAGAAUUCGCUUCAAAGUGCCUUCGAUUUUAAGACCUCCCACAUUCGACCGUGACCCUGAAUUGACAUAUCAUCCUUGACCCAUCCACUACUGUAAGCACCGCUGCUCUUUCGCUCUUGCACCUGGUCCUCUGGGACCCAUCAUCUGGCAUUUCCCUCCGAAGAUCUCCUUCAAGAUUCAGGAGAUCACCGCUGGAACCCUGCAGCCUCAGGGUUUCUAUUCCGACAAGCAUCGCUCACCGAUUGACAGUCUCCAAUUUGAAGCCGUCACUAUGCAUUUGCUGCGUUCUGUAAUCGCUGUUACCUCCUGGGCUUUGCUUGUCAGCGGGCAGAAUUCUUCUUACACUGUCAAUGUGAAUGACAUUCCGAUCAAGACAAGAGACCAGUGGUGUGAAGCUCAGACCUCGCAAUGCCCGCUUAUCUGUCUCCAAUUGCCUGGAACCACCAGCCAGCCCAAACAGAACACUUGUGAUCCCCAAACGUUGUAUUAUAAUUGUGUAUGCAGUAAUGGCCUCAGUCCAAAUGCCUCUCAAUACUCUCAGACGAUCCCGUACUUCUUGUGCACUGAAGAGAAUAAUGAGUGUGUCAGCAAGUGCAACGGCAAUUCCCUCUGUCAAUCAGAUUGCCGCAGCCAGCACCCUUGUGGUGCGCAGGAUCCCAAGCGAGUCAACGCCACUUCAACAUCCAAUUCCACUCCUGCCGCCACUGCUGCUUCUACUACCACCUCCUUGGCACCUUUCACUGGUGUGCCUGACGAGGGCGUAGCGCCCCGGUCAUUGGCAGACAUGGCUCAGCUUUACGGACUGGUGACUGUUGUGGGCGCAUUCCUUGCCGGAUUCACAACCUUGAUCUAGUUUCAACCGGCGCCGCAAGGGUGCCUGAUACAGCCGCCUCCACCCGUCGCAUUUUUGAUAAUAGGUGAAACCCUUUUGGCAUCCCAGCUUAAUAUCUAAUAUGUGUUUAUUUUUCUGUCUUGUCGGGAAUUAGCUAGUGCUUUGAUGUUUUCCUUGGGCCACGAUGAAGUGACGCUUUCCUUUUCUCUUGUAUCAUGGUUACCUUACCUUUAAUGAUUUAGUUCUUCACCUGAAAGAUCUUGAUGACCAGCUGUCGAUUUCCAUCCUUAACUAAUAAUGAGGGCUAUCAGGACAAGUAGACGUUCAUGUAUAAUUCCAGUAUGGAUCAAGAGGUAUACAAAGCUAUACGCCCAGGCACAUUGAUGUACUUUGGGAAAACAAAACCCCAGUUGAGU